AUGCGCAUCGCCACGCUGACCUGCCUUCCCGGCCCUUCCCCCUUCCUCUUUCUAUUGGCCCAGCUGCUACUGCGGCUCCUCCUCCCUGGGCCGGAGUUGGUGGGAGCCGCAUCCUCUUGCCCCUCCCUCUGCACCUGCUCCAACCAGGCCAGCCGAGUCAUCUGCACCAGGCAAAACUUGGAGGAGGUUCCCGAAAGCAUAUCAGUCAACACACGAUACCUCAACCUGCAAGAGAACUCAAUACAGGUUAUCAAGUCAGACACUUUCAAGCACUUGAGGCACCUUGAGAUCCUCCAGCUCUCCAAGAAUCAGAUCCGUCAGAUUGAAGUAGGAGCGUUCAAUGGCCUCCCCAACCUCAACACACUGGAGCUCUUCGACAACCGCCUCACACUGGUGCCAUCACAUGCCUUUGAGUACCUCAGCAAGCUGCGGGAACUGUGGCUGCGCAACAACCCUAUUGAGACUUUGCCAGGCUAUGCCUUCCACCGAGUGCCCUCGCUGCGUCGCCUGGACCUUGGUGAGCUCAAGAAGUUGGAUUUCAUCUCUGACGCAGCCUUUGUGGGCCUCAUCAAUCUACGGUACCUGAACCUGGGCAUGUGUGGGCUGAAGGACAUUCCCAAACUGACUGCUCUUGUGCGUUUGGAGGAGCUGGAGCUGUCAGGAAACCGGCUGGAGAUCAUCCGACCCGGUUCUUUCCAGGGCUUGGUGUCUCUCCGCAAGCUGUGGCUCAUGCAUUCACAGGUGUCCGUCAUUGAGCGCAACGCCUUUGACGACCUGAAAAACCUGGAGGAGCUCAACCUGUCUCAUAACUCUCUACACUCCUUGCCCCAUGACCUCUUCACACCCCUUCACCAGCUGGAAAGGGUGCACCUUAACCACAACCCCUGGGUCUGCAACUGUGAUGUGCUUUGGCUUAGUUGGUGGCUGAAAGAGACGGUGCCCAGCAACACCACCUGCUGCGCCCGUUGCCAUGCUCCCCCACCCUUAAAGGGAAAGUACAUCGGAGAGCUUGACCAGAGCCACUUCACCUGCUAUGCGCCAGUCAUCGUCGAGCCACCUACAGACCUCAAUGUCACGGAGGGUAUGGCUGCUGAGCUCAAGUGUCGCACAAGCACCUCCACAACAUCUGUCAACUGGAUCACCCCCAACGGCACUCUCAUGACCCACGGCUCCUACCGGGUGCGGAUAUCCGUCCUGCAUGAUGGCACACUCAACUUCACGAAUGUCACCCUGCGAGACACGGGCCAGUACACCUGCAUGGUCACCAAUGCAGCUGGCAAUACCACGGCAACCGCUGUCCUCAAUGUCACCGCUGCUGAUGCCAGCGUCAACUACACCUACUUUACAACAGUCACUGUGGAAACAGUUGAGACGCCGGGAAAUGAAGAAUCUGCAUUAGUUGCCAUCAAUGAGACCACCAUUCGUGUUCAUCCUGGUCCGACUCCCUCAGGCCACCUGUGGUCGGAAGGUUUUCCUACCACAGCCUCUUCUCUGUCAGCCAGCUGGUCCUCCUCCUCUCCGCGGGCCACCCGACCCACCUUCACUGUGCCCAUCACGGAACCGGGCUUCUCAGGCCUGGAUGAUGUGAUGAAGACCACCAAGAUCAUCAUUGGCUGCUUCGUAGCCAUUACCUUCAUGGCAGCAGUGAUGCUGGUGGUGUUCUACAAGCUAAGGAAGCAACACCAGCUGCAUAAACACCACGGCCCCGCCCGUGCCAUCGAGAUCAUCAAUGUGGAGGAUGAGCUGGGUGCCGGGGCCAGUGGUCGGGGCAGCGGUAUCUCAGGAGGCUCCACCGUGACGCAGACUGGAAGCAGUGGAUUAGGAGGGGGCCAGAGCCUCAGGUUGCACCACCCAGAGAUAGUCAACCUGCCGAACCUGGCCCGAUCGGAGCACCUCAACCACUACUACAAAACCCAUCAUUUCAACAACAACAUGAUGAGUUUGGGCAUGGGCACGGGUACUGGUAUGGGCCUCAACAACAACAACAACCCCUCGCCUUGCUCUCAGAACAUGUCCAUAUCAUGUUCCCAGGUUCCAACGUCCACCACUGGGGGUACGCCCUCGGGUGGCACCCUUCCCUCCCCUGUGCCCCUGCCCCUGCCCCAGUUGGGUCUCCACAGUUCUCUGAAAGGCCUAAUGGGUAAAGGGCAGAAUGAGCCACUGCUUUUUAAAAGCGGCUCCAAAGAAAAUGUGCAAGAGACUCAAAUCUGA